AUGGGUUUUUCUUCCACACGCUACGCAAUCAGUUUAGUCACAGAUGACGAGGCCGAUGAUGAGCUGCGCAAGCAGUUAUCUAUGGCAUUGUAUGGCCCCCAGCAGCCGCAAGUCAAGACAAGCAGAGCAAACAUUGUCGAUUGGAAUGUUGAGGCGACUGGGUAUUGGACCAAAAAGGAAAACCGGGAUGAAUUCAAUUCGCUGAAUCAGAGCUUCCAGGAUAUCUCGUUCCUUGAGGAACCGAGUCCCAGUCUACCAACAACCGACCGACACUUCAAGCAGAUACCCAUUCCCCCCGACGGCAGAGAGAGAGUCAAGCGCGUGUGGCGUCGGCGGAGUUUCAACGACUCAGAUGUGGUGGCGAGUGGUUUGCAGUGCAGCGUCACACAGCGCGACCUAUGCCGGCUGGAUGGCCUGGAAUGGCUCAAUGACUCGCUGGUGAAUAUGUACAUGGCUAUGAUCAACGACAGGGCAAACAGAUCAGGCGCCAGUGUCCCUCGAGUACAUUGCUUCAAUAGCCACUUCUUGCCAAAGUUACGCCACGAUGGCUAUGAGAAGAUGCAACGCUGGACCAAGAGGGUAGAUCUAUUCUCAAUGGAAUAUGUUAUAGUACCAGUUCAUCGCGGCAGCCACUGGACGACUGCUAUUAUUAACUUUGUAGAGAAACGCUUCGAGUACUAUGACAGCCUUGCGGGGGGCGGUCAAGAUGUGCAAGACUUGUUGCGAAUGUAUCUAGAUGACGAAUGUAUGGCUAAAAAAGGUCGAACUUUCCCACUAGAAGAUUGGGCAGACUUUACGCCAGUGCACCUCACCCCGCAACAGGACAAUGGUUCUGAUUGCGGGGUGUUUGCGUGUCAAUUCAGCGAGUAUCGGUCGAGAGGCAGUUCAGGGAUACCAUUGGGACAAAUCUUCGACUUUGGACAGGAGCAGAUGCCGUACUUCCGACUGAGAAUGGCACAUGAGAUACUGGAAAAGCGUUUGAUGAUAUCAUAAAGCGCGAUUGAUGAUUCAUUAGUUUUUCGGUCCUG